AAUAAAACUUUUUCUGUGACAUUCGCUAAACCUACUCUUUAAAAUAAUGAAAUAAAUGCCUUAAACAUUUAUAAAAUGUGUUAAAAUCAGAACUAUCAUUAUUAAUAAUAUUUUAUAUACAUUUAUAAUUAAUUAGGCUAUAUCAUUUGGCAGUACGCGUAGACAGAACUGGCUCUCCAGAUGGCAACUAAUCAACUAAUGCAGACAUCUUCAAAUAGUAUCUCUUUUGUUAACAAGAUUAGUAUUGUUCUAAAAGCAACAUCAGAUGAUGAGAAUCCAACACCAGGAUAUUUGUACAAAGAGAUUAAUGAUAUAAGCUUUGAAUCAAAUGGACUCUGUGAAAGUCUAACAGAGUUUUUACUUGAUCGACUUCACAACAAAUCUUGUCAUGUCAAGUUUAAAGUUUUAAAACUAAUGAAGCAUUUGACUGAAAAUGGAAACAAACUAUUUGUCCUUGGGCUUCGAAAACAGUCUGAUGUCAUCAAGGAAUACACCAAAUUUGGAGGUCCUCCUCACCCAAUGCAUGGUAAUGUUCCGUACUUGACAGUGAGAAAAAUAUCAAAGGAACUAUGUGAAAUGCUGUACAAUGCAGAUUUUUCAAGCGCUCACUCUUUAGACAAUAAUGGAACAAAACCUCCAACAGAGUUUAAAUAUGGUGGUCUUGGUCCAGUUCGGUCAGGAGGGGCAAUCCAAGGUUUUGGGAACAGCCCAACACAACAAUCAAAAGGAAUAGGGGAAACAAUCCUAGAUGGCAUUGAGAAACUUGGUGCUAAACUGUCAGAAACAGCUGCAGAUCGACAAGCAGCAUUGUUAGCUAAACUAGAUCUAGGCAGCUCAACAAGUAACUACCAGCCCCCUGUUGUUUGUGACUCAACAGUCCACACCUUUCAUUCAAAAACAGAAGAGUCUAACACAAAUUCGAGCAAAACUGACUUCAAAAGCAUUCCAGUAAAAAAACAUCAGCCAGGGAAAGCUGGAGGAGGCUGGGGGGAUGAUGAAGAUGACAAUAGCUUAGAUGAUGCAACUGACAAUGACCAAUUCACUAUGGAUACUGAUAGUUUAGCUGACCCGUCCAUCAAGUUGCCCCCUGAAGCAGAUUGGCAGGAAGAAUCAAACCUGGUUACAGCAAUACUGAGACAAGGGUCAACAGGUCAAGGCAAAGCUUACUUAACCCCAUCCAGUGUGGCAUCAUUUCUAUCAAAGUGUACGACCUUGAGUUGCGACUCUGUGGUUGAGUUGCUGGUCACCAACUUGUCGAGUGGAGAUGCUGGGAUUAUUGUUCGAAGUUUACAACUACUGGAAGGAAUAAUCUUCAAUAAUGAGGAACUCAUAAGCCUUGACCUUUUAACCUCAAUCUGUAAAGAUGGUCUGAUAACGUGCUACAAUAACUCACUGACACACAUUCAGUCAGACAAAGAGACUGGACUUCACAGUGACCAGUUAAGUAAUUUAAAUCAAAGUCUAUGGUCUUCUGUCCAGAUGAAAUCAGCAAAAAUUGGACUUAUACUGCAACAGCUUUCAUCUCAAAAGGAAGUCAUACCAUCAACAUUGAUAAACAAUCUUUUUACCACAGUCAGCUGAAUCCUACUACAGCAAUACACAACAAUAAAAAAUGUGAUCACUUGAACAGUAAUUAGUGCAAUAAUUUAUAAAUGUUAUUUGUAACUCAAAAAUGUGCAAAUGUCCAUAUCGUCACAAAUUUCCAAUAUUUGCUUAUGCUUCAGUAAAUACAAAGUAGUCUGUGUACAAUGUUUUAACCCUUUAGUUGUUGGUGUAUGCUUUAUCAGGUUUUUAAAAUAAAUCGGAAUUAAAACAUUUUUUUAUAUUUCUAAUUAUAGAUGAUUAAACUACAUUAACAGUAGUAAGCCCCUAACUUUUGGAUACAAAGUUUAAAAAACACUAAAUAUUUAAAACAUGAUUAGUAAUGCUGCCUUUAUAUUUUUUGUACCUAAAAUUAAUUUUUGAACUGAUUUGACUAUGUUGGAAAGAACAAAGUUAAAUGUCAAAUUUUUAAACUAAGAGCUCAAGUUCUUGGUGCAAGGUUUAACUUAUUUUCUUCUAAUAUCUUUAAUGUUUAAAGAAUAAACUUUGUAUAAAAUGUCA